AAGCGCCUAUCUAAUCACCCCUUGAACAUGUUCUUUCCGGAAGCACUAAAACUUAAAGCUUUUGUCUCGCCAGAACCACGAGGCUUACUUGGCUCACAAAGCUGAGGCAUUCUUAGGUCCUCUUAGUUGUGCUUCUCACUAAGCUAGGCCAUGAAGUACUUUCUAUCCAUCCUCAUCUUAAUCUCUUUUACGUUUACGUUUGUUUCUGCCCACGGAUACCUCGCGCAAUUGAUCAUAAACGGCAAGGCUUAUUCAGGAAACGUCCCCGGCGCCCAGGCAACCCCAAGUGUCAUUCGCCAGGUUUCAGAUAUAAGCCCAGUCAAGGGCGCGAGCAAUCCGGAUUUGAAUUGUGGGUUGAGCGCGCAAUUCGCUGCAGAUGUAGCAGAUGCAAAUCCUGGAGAUGCGUUAGCAUUUGAUUGGCGUGGAGGGGAUAAUCAGAAUUGGCCACAUAACACAGGUCCCAUGUUAACAUACAUGACAUCCUGCGGCAGCUCCUCCUGCACAACAUACAAUUCCUCUUCAUCCAAAUGGUUUAAAAUUCAACAAGUUGCGCGGGUCAGCUCCGGUGGUCCCUGGGCACAAGCAGCAGUCAUGGAAGGUUUUCCCGCCAAUGUCACUCUUCCCUCGACACUUGCACCCGGGAACUAUCUCAUACGCCAUGAGAUUCUGGGGUUGCAAGGAGCUGUUUCCGUUGGAGGUGCAGAGUUUUAUCCGGCGUGUUCGCAGAUCAAGGUCGGCGGAAGUCAAACGGGAGGACCGACUGAGGAUGAACUAGUGUUGUUGCCUGGCGCGUAUAGUGAUACGGAUCCUGGAAUAUAUGAUCCUAACGUCUACGACCCUUCGGCAUCAUAUACAUUUCCCGGGCCUCCAAUUGCAGCGUUCGCGGGAGGAGAUGCAUCAGGGACCUCAGUAUCUGGAGAUGCCUCUGGGUCAGCUUCCGCAAGUACGCCGACUGCUACUUCUGGUAGCUCAGGCUCUUCUGGCAGCUCUUCAUCGUUGAAUCCGCAAAGCGUAUGCAAGUUACAAAGGCGGACGACAUCACUCGUGUCAGACGCGGGUUCUUUCACAGUUGUCAAAACUCCUAAACGAAGACAUUCCAUCUUGACUGGCCUGUUCCAUGACUUGGCUCUGGUUUACAGAGGGUCUUGAGAAUUAAUGAAAUAUCCGGCGAGGGUAUUCCCUGGUGUUUCUCGGGGCUUGUCUCUUUGUCUGCUUCGUGCUCGUAUGACUUUUCAUUCCGGAUGAUUUCUGAACUGUUAUUUAAAGCAAACAUAGUGUAUGUAUAUACGAUGGCAUGUGCUAAUGUCGUCUUUAUUCUAAGUCCUUAUCUAUCCCCUUUAUCUACCUCGUAUGGUCUGAUAUAUAGUUGGGCAAUGGGUGCAUGAUUUGUCGAUCAGGUUAAGGUGAAGGCUUUCAUUUCGGUUUAAGGUGGAUAGGAAGAAAAAUAAGGAUAGCAAGAAAAAUAAUUAGGUGGUGAACUUUAGGGUUUUGCUUCUAGUAGUGGGUUGAGGCAACUCACUGCCACAACCCAUCGAAUUUCGGAAACAAUAUGUUGGCCAUUAUUAAUCUUCGG